AUGCAUCAUGAUUUAACUCCCGCACUCCAAUCUUCUCUUUACCAGCACAUCGAAUUUGACAAAAUCACCACCCUCAAUGAAACUGUUCCAGGCGCUGGCAUGAAAAUUGUUAAAAAAACUUGGGAUGAGCGUCUCGAUAGCAACGUCUUUCUUGAGAGUGAUGUUGACGAGCAGCUACUCAUGUUUAUCCCUUUUACGGGCACUGUGAAAUUACACUCGAUCAUCGUCCGCUCACCCCCGGGGUCGACUGCUCCCAAGACGGUGAAAAUCUUUAUUAAUCGCGACGACCUCGAUUUCUCCUCCGCUGCCGAUCUAAAGGCUACACAAACACUCGAGCUGCCUCUAACCGGAGACGUUAUUGAGAUGCCGGUUAAGAGGGCCUUGUUUCAGAAUACUCACUCUUUAACACUAUUUUUUGAGAAGAACUUCUCGGAAGAAGCUAGCGACGAUGAGGACGAGGGCGGGGAAGUCACAAAGUUGAGCUAUCUAGGAUUCAAGGGAACAUGGACGGAAUUGCGAAAGGAGGCGGUGGUAGCGAAUUAUGAAGCUGCUGCCAAUCCAGCAGAUCAUAAAAAUCUUGUCGCUGGAGUCAAUUAUGGGGCGAUGGGAAUGGGAGGUCAUAAUCAAGGAUUUUAA